GUACCGGGGAAUUAAAUGUCUCCCAUGGAACGACGUCGAGACAGUACGCGCAUUACGUCGGGGCAAAUUAGAAAAACGACACGGAGAGAGAAUGAGACCGAGAGAAAACGAGAGAGAGAGAGAGAGAGAGAGAGAGAGAGAGAGAGUGGCGCGGCCCCGACGGAUCGUUUAAAACUGUCGACUCGGCUAAACGCAAUUUCUCGUUUCGCGUUCGAAUCGGCCCGGUGUAAAGGACGAUCGGUUUCAGAGACGGAAUUACGGGACAUGGUGAACGAGGUGGACCAAGAUGGAAACGGGACCAUCGAGUUCAACGAGUUCCUGCAGAUGAUGUCGAAGAAGAUGAAAGGCGCCUACGGGGAGGACGAGCUGCGCGAGGCGUUCAGGGUAUUCGACAAGAACAACGACGGCAUGAUCUCAUCGAAAGAGCUGCGACACGUGAUGACGAACCUCGGCGAGAAGCUCUCCGAGGAGGAGGUCGACGACAUGAUCAAGGAAGCGGAUCUCGAUGGCGACGGGAUGGUGAACUACGAAGAGUUCGUGACAAUCCUGACGUCGAAGAAUUAGCUCGGUGGCGGCGGAUCGAACGAAGCGAAGCUACGAAGCUGCCGGAAGUCUUCGUCGAAGAGCAGAAAGUCGAGCGAAGUUCCUCCCUGAAGUGACCGCGACUCCGAGAAACGGCUCGGUGCCCCGCCGUCGAAGACAAGCCGGAAGAGAUCGUGGCGCGUCGGUUGGGAUACCAGUUUGAAACGGACGUUGGAAACCCGAGACCCGGGUUUCCGGGCCGCGAGAACGGAACGGUUCCUCUCGGUCGUGGCCGUGGGCAGGUUCCGGCGCCGAGAGGGUAAGUGGGGGUUGGUUACCGGUCGCGAAAAAUCGGGUCUCGAUCGGCGGGGCAGCCGAGAAAACGCAGGAACGAGGUCCACGGAUCGUGGAGUCGGUUCGCGUGAAGGGAGAGAGGAGAGAGAGAGAGACGGGAGAGGCCGACUUCCGCAGUUGCACACGCAUAUACACGCAUCUACACACCUCGCUCCUUCGAAUCUAAUUUUACAAAGUGUUUAAUGAGCUAGCGGCGACAACAGAAACGAACGAGCCAUUACCGCGCGAGAUACGAGUGAGGUGCUCGCUCCCGAAACAAUCAACUGAGCUUUCUUUAGCGUUUACCUACCUACCUAAAAAAAAAAAAUACCUACAUAGUUAUACUCUCUAUUAAUGCUAUACAACAACAACAACAACAACAAAAAUGUCGUUAUUGAUAUCGUUAGGAACCAAUCACGCCCCACCCCUUCGUCGUCACUCACCGCGCACACGCGAACGAUUAUUAAUCGCGCGAUUGUCUCGCUCGCGGCCGGGCGUUCGUUUCACCGCCGUUCGUUUCGAUGGCCUAUGGUGUCUGUCACUUGGGAGCGCGUUGAUCGAAGAGGAUCGAAGAGGGUCGAAGAAGGUCGAAGAAGAGGCAUCGUUGUUAUAUCCCGCGCGAAGCUCGAUCCGCGACCGAACGAACGACCGACCGGCCGAUCGAGACACUCGCCCGGCUCAUUCCUUCGCCGAUAUCGAUCCUCCGUGUAUAUCGGCUUUGUUCCCCCUUAGCUGCGUAGAGAUCCGCUUGCGAACGAGACGACGACGACGUGCACGGUCGGUGCACGGCCGGCGAAACACCGCGUCUCAUUAACAUUCUGGCCGCGCGGGACUCGACGCGAGUGAGAGAGAGAGUGAGAGAGAGAGAUAGCCCCGUAACGAUCUGUCUUCAAAUUUAGAUGAAUGUCGUUGGCAAGUAGGAUUAGCUCUAACGAUGAUAUACUUGUCGCUGAAUUUUUAGAACGCACGCUGUGGCGGCGUGCCAGGUCGGCCGCCGCUGGAACGCAGGAAUCGAAGCAACAGUAGCGAACCUUUUUUCCUUGAUACGUGUGUGUAGCUCUGAAUCUGUUACAUUCAACCGGUCGUUUUCUACCCGGCGAGUCUCGUCACUGUGUACCGCCCCCUUGUUGUUUCACCCCCCGCCCACCCAACCACCCCAACGGAAUGGAAUCGGCUCUUACUUCGCGGCCUCUGUCGAUCGUUCCCGAUCCGGAGUUUCCGCCGGAAGCGAGUCGACGCCGUUUCGGUUAGCGUUUAGAUCGGGCACGGGCAAAGAUCGAACGCCUCCUGUCGAGAGCAAGGUGCCAUUGGCGUCUAUUCUUCGGUUCCCGACGGCACCUACGGGAUGCCGGGGAGAAUCCUCGAAAUUAGCUGGCUCGGGUUUAGCGACAAAAUGGCCGCCCGUGCCCUUCGUAGAGCCUCCCAUCUGUGUCAGCUGUCCCCUAACAUGAGAACACCGUCCACCUAAGAACCUCGACAUCCAAAAACCCAAAACUGUAACUAUGUCGUGCACCCUCUUCUAGGUCCUUAAGAUUAAGAGAAGCCACAGCCGUGUAGGUCGCGAUAGAGGGUAGUUGUUUAGCGCCUAGAGGAUAUACGUACACGUAACGAUAAAAAUGAUGCAUUAUACACAUACCUAUUAUAUAUACGUAUACCUUAUGUACAUGGUGUUGCUACCGGGAGACACAUGAAGUAACGUUAUUAUGGAUAUUCAUAUAUACAUAUUAUAUAUAUAUAUACAAUACAUAUUCUAUUAUAUAUAUAUAUAUAUAUAUUUAGUAUAUACUUAUACAUACAUACAUACGAACAUAUAUUAUAUAUACAUAUACACGUUAGCGAUGUACGUCGGUGGUAUACUGGCAUUGAUAUUUUUAUGGUUUUAAAAAAAAAA